AACAAUCUAAAAUGUUUGAUAUGAUGAAUAUUAUUCUCUAAAUUUAAUGUAAAAAUACCAUAGUUUGUAAAUUCUUACUCUUAGAUGUGUUUGAACGUAAAUUUCAGUGAGUAAAUUGCUUGUAUACUAGUUCGUUUGGGAUGAAUAAUCAGUUUUCGGAAAAUGACAAUCAUAUGGCGGAUACCUCUGAUAACACCGAAUUCUCUUCGGUCGAAUAUUUCAAAUCGUUGGAGAAAUGGGUGCAAGAUGUCACAUUCUGGCAAUACUUCAACUCUGUAACCUUUCAUUCAUUCUUGAUAAAUCAAACCGCUACAGCGAGGCUAUCCGGAGCUACUCCUGGAGCUCCUCCUGGGCCACGAAGAGCACCUCGACGUCCUGUAAUAUCGCGUCCGGAAAGAAUUAGAGGUAUCGAGUGUCGUGUACCUUCGUUAUGGAAAAGACUCGUAGCCGAAUUUAUCGAUUUUAUGUGCCUGUUUUUUGUGAAGUUACUUGCCACGUUUAUAUUAGUGGAUUUCUUGGAUAUUAUUGACUGGAAUAGAUACGAUUUUGAUUCGUUGAUACAAAGAACAUGGCGUCUCGAUUACAGUGCCGCUGUGGAAUUAACAUCGGAAUUAAUGAUCGUAGAAUUCGCUCAUAGGAUUACCGUUUGUAUAUUCGAGAGUUUUUGGCUAUAUCGUGGAUUACGAGGUGUUAUCGGCGGAGCAACGCCGGGCAAGAAGCUGAUGCACUUACGAGUAGUGUACUGCGAACGAAUUACUACCAUUAGAACUGAGCCAGAUUUUGUCGUAUUAAUCGAACCGGGUACUGAUCUCGGAAUAUUACGAGCUUCGGUGCGAUCGUUUAUUAAGAACUUCAUUUUAGCAUUAUUUUUACCUUUUACUUUCGUAUGUUUAUACUUUCAAUACAAUCGAGCUACUCAUGAUGUGAUAGCUCAAUCGAUAGUUAUCGAAGAACCAGUCAGAUAUCAAACUGAGUGAUGUUCGUUUUAUUGAGCGUGUAAAUUUUAUUUUAAUUUUUAAAACGAUGUUUUUUUUCUUCUCUAAACCCAACGUUACCAAUAUGAAUGUGUCACUUGAAAAUUUUAAUUAUGUACUUACUUAAUAACUACGAAGGAAUAAAUGUGUUUUACCAUUGUA